UUUUUGUAUCGUAGGAAUCAACAGCCGCCAUCUUGACGCGGCUCGGAUUCGGGAUUUCUGGGCUAGCAUUAAUUGUAAAAAUACCGAGCGGGGCACACCCGGACACACUCCGGACGGCAUUUUCUCGCCCACAAUCGAAGCCUGAGCUCACCCGGCGAGGAUUAAUGCAAACAUGUGAGGGCUUCUCGGGGUUUUGUCGUGCCGUACAUUUGAUUUCCCUUUUAGCGAGCACCGCUUCUCGCCGUAGCUCCGCGUCGAGACGCUGGAUUUCCCCGGACGACAGCGACGAUAAAAAUAAUCCGCCUCAUAGGAAAUAUUUGUCGAUUUUUGCUCUUUUUAUUUGAGCCGGUGGUGGAUUUUAAGGAGGCUCGAUUCGACGGCGAAAAAAAAUGACUCCGCGCCGACGUGAAACCGGCGAUCCCCGGAAAAAUGGCUUCGCUUUCGCUUUGUGUGAUAAUUCGUAGUUGAGUCGGUAUUUAUUUUUCCCGGAGCAAAAAAAUUUGGAUGCAGUUAUUGAGGAUAAUUAUGUGGGUGUUGGGUGUUGGAUUAUCAUGGGGUGAUCUUCCGUGGCGAAGCGUGGCGCUGUUGCCUUUCUUUUGAAAUCCUUCUCUCCGGGCAGAGAAAAAAAAAUACUUCCACUGAGCCUCGAACGCACUGUCAUACUAAAAAAUGGCCGACAAUCUGCUGGAUGUUGGACCCCCCACUGCAAAGCGACCCAAGCUGAACUCUCCUCUCUCAGCAUCGGAUGGUCCAGAUCUUGUGUCCCUUUUUGACCUGGAAAAUGACCUUCCAGAUGAGCUCAUCCCAAACGGCGACCUCUCUCAGAUGGGAAUGUCCUCCAACGGUGGCACAGGUGGAGGAGGGACCCCAAAUCUCAAUUCCAUCGUCUCGGACGCUGCCGCCAAACACAUACAACUGUCGGAGCUUCUGCGACCAGGUAGCUCCAUCAACUCUGCCAGUCCACAACAGGGAGGCAUGAUUGGAGUCCUUGGUAAAAGUCCACUGGGGCAAGGUUCUCCAAAUCAUCAGUCUCCCCAGGCCCAGAAAUUAGGCUUAGGUACAGGACAAGGCAACGGAGGCGCAGGCAUGGGCUACAAUCAGGCCCUGUUGAACAGUGCACAGGGUCACGGAGUCCUGGGCCCAAGUGGACAGGUGAUGAAUGGCGCUCUGGGACCAGCAGGCCGAGGGAGACAUGGCAUGCAGUACCAGAGCCAAGGUAUGCCGGUAGGAGCGGGCGUUGGAGGAAGCGUGCUGGCUGAGACACUCACGCAAGGAGGGUCACAGUUGGGUGGACAUAACACAUUGACUGCUCAGCAAGCUGGACACAUGAAUAAGAUGGGUAUGUCAGGGGCUCCUUUUGGACAGCAGUAUGGUCCAACAGGGGUCAGCGCCCAACAACUCCAGAACAAGUCGGCCCUUUCCAACAAUCUGCCUCAAUUCCCAUCUGAAGUAAAAGGAGGUGGGAGUGUUUCAAACAUGUCUCAGAUGCCGCAGCAGGUAGCGUCUGUGGGCAUGGUCCCUGUGGCCGGCAGUGUAUCCACCGGUCCAACGGCCGAUCCUGAGAAGCGCAAACUCAUUCAGCAGCAGCUGGUCCUGCUGCUCCAUGCACAUAAGUGCCAGCGGCGGGAGCAGGCCAACGGCGAAGUGGGGGCCUGCGCUCUACCCCACUGUCGCACCAUGAAGAACGUCCUCAACCACAUGACCCACUGCCAGGCUGGCAAGUCCUGCCUGGUGGCCCACUGUGCGUCAUCCAGACAGAUCAUCUCCCAUUGGAAGAACUGCACACGGCACGACUGUCCUGUGUGCUUACCAUUGAAAAAUGCAAGUGACAAGAGAAAUCAGCAUCCCCUGCUAGGUUCCCCUGGUGCCAACCUGCAUAGCGCAAUCAACACUGUGGUGGCAGGCCAGCCCAGUACACCGACCAUCAACAGUGCUGCCACACAUAUAGACCCCAGCUCCAUGAAGAGAGCCUAUGCUGCUCUUGGUCUCCCCUAUGGCAACCAGUCCCCUGCUCAGGUUCAGGGCCAGACCCAGGGCCAGGGUCCUUCCCUACAAAACCCCCAGGGGCUCCAACAGCUACGUAAUAUGAACCCUCUAGGCACUAAUCAGAUCACCCAGAUGGCAGCAGGCAUGGGUGUCCCCUCUUCAGACCAGACUGGCUUGCACAGUGGCGACUCUUUGCCCUCCACACUCAACAAUCAGUUGUUGCCAGAUGGAUCAUUGGCAGGAGCUAUGGGAAACCUGCCCGCUGCCACCCCUCUCUCUGCUUCGGGAGUUAGGAAAUCCUGGCAUGAACACGUCACUCAGGACUUGCGCACCCACCUAGUGCACAAACUAGUACAAGCCAUAUUUCCCACACCAGACCCUGCAGCACUAAAGGACCGGAGAAUGGAUAACCUUGUAGCGUAUGCACGCAAGGUUGAGGGUGACAUGUAUGAGUCGGCGAACAGCAGGGAUGAGUAUUACCACUUCCUGGCAGAGAAGAUCUACAAGAUCCAGAAGGAACUUGAGGAGAAGAGGCGCUCGCGGCUCCAACAGCCAAGCAUGGUGGGCAACGCUGGGCCGCAGCAGUCGCCGAUGAGUCAGACCAACCCGAUGGGCCCAGGACAGCCUGUCCGACCUCCCAAUGGACCUAUGCCUAUGCCAAACAUGCCAAAUCAAAUGAUGAACCGUAUGCCCCAAGGAAUCAAUCAGUACAACCCAAUGGCGAUGCAGAAUGCGCAGAUGUCACAGACACCAUUGGGGGCGCGGGCUCCCUCACCCAUGAACCAUCCGCAGCAGUUAAACAUAAACUCUGUUCCAUCGAUGGCCAUGUCCCCUUCAAGGAUGCAGCAAAAUCAAGGAAUGAUGGGGAAUCAUGCUAAUAGCAUGGUUCCUCAGUCGGCCAACCAGAGUCAGUUCUUACCACAGGGGCAGUUCCCUGCAGCCACUGGAGGAGCCAUGAAUGUGAACGUCAGCAUGGGUCAGUCGGUACCGCAAGGUGCUGGCACACCGCCACAGAAUUCCAACCUCCCUCUAAAUGCGCUCGGCAACCUUAGCUCACAAUUGCCCUGUGGCCCUGCAACCCAGCCAAGUUUAGGCAGCACAAAUCCUCCCAACCCUUCCACCAGCCUGCAAAUGCAGCAGCAACACCAUCCCCCUGGGCAGGGCCCCGUACAGACCCAGCCCUCCACACCUGUGUCCACUGGCGGGCCAUCCUCCAAUCAAUCCCACAUACCAGGCAGCCUCCCUCGUCCACCCUCUGCCAUGAGCACGGCAUCAGACCCUUCCCAGCCGCUCACACCCCUGCAACCCCAGCCUGACACAUCCAACCCACCACAGCAGCCCACCUCAGUGCCGGCACAGCAUCCCAGCACACCAAUGUCACAGGCUGCUGCUAGCAUUGACAACAGAGUGCCUACCCCGGCCUCUGUGGCCGAACUUAACUCUCAGCAAACCAUGCCUGACAUGACUGCCACUGACGUCAAGGUCAAGUCUGAAGUAAAGGGCGAAGAUGAUGACAGCAAUUCUGGAAACAAGGAUAUCAAUAUAAAACAAGAGGACGAUGAAAUCAAACCCUCAUUGGUGAAGAAGGAGGAGCAAGAUGCAACAGAGCCAAAGCAGGAAGCAAUGGAAACUGAGGAAAAGAAGCCAGAGAUAAAGGUUGAACCCAAAGAAGAGGGUGAAAGCGGAGCCAACAGCGCAGCCACUCCUCCUACUCAGAGCCGCAAAAAAAUUUUCCGACCUGAAGAGUUAAGACAAGCCUUAAUGCCAACACUUGAGGCCCUCUACAGACAAGACCCGGAGUCGCUGCCGUUCAGACAACCUGUGGACCCCCUGGUGUUAGACAUUCCUGACUACUUCGACAUUGUAAAAAAUCCCAUCGACCUGUCUACCAUCAAGCGCAAACUGGAUACAGGCCAAUACCAGGAGCCGUGGCAAUACGUGGACGACGUGUGGCUCAUGUUCAACAAUGCAUGGCUGUACAACCGCAAAACAUCACGUGUUUACAAAAACUGCACCAAACUGGCAGAGGUGUUUGAGGUAGAAAUUGAGCCUGUCAUGAAGUCCCUAGGCUACUGCUGCAGCAGAAAGUAUGAGUUCUCCCCCCAGACGUUGUGUUGCUAUGGUAAACAACUGUGUACUAUCUCAAGAGAUGGCAUCUACUACAGCUAUCAGAACAGGUAUCACUUCUGUGAAAAGUGCUUCAACGAGAUCCAGGGUAACAGUGUGACCCUGGGUGAUGACCCAGCACAGUCGCAGACAAUGAUAUCCAAAGAACAGUUUGAAAAGAAGAAAAAUGACAUGUUGGACCCUGAACCGUUUGUAGAAUGUAAAGACUGUGGACGCAAGAUGCAUCAAAUCUGCGUGCUGCACUACGACGUCAUUUGGCCGUCGGGCUUUAUCUGUGACAACUGCCUGAAGAGGGCUGGGAAAACAAAAAAGGAAAACAGAUUUUCAGCCAAAAGGCUGCAGUCUACGAGGUUGGGGACAUACAUUGAAGACAGAGUAAAUAAGUACUUGAAAAGAAAGAACCACCCAGAGGCUGGUGAGGUGUUUGUACGAGUUGUUGCCAGCUCUGACAAAACAGUGGAGGUUAAGCCUGGAAUGAAGUCCAGGUUUGUGGAUUCGGGUGAGAUGGUGGAGAGCUUCCCUUAUAGAACCAAAGCACUUUUUGCAUUUGAAGAAAUCGAUGGGGUGGAUGUCUGUUUCUUUGGAAUGCACGUCCAGGAGUAUGGCUCAGAUUGUCCUUUUCCAAAUACAAGGCGGGUUUAUAUAUCAUACCUCGACAGUAUUCACUUCUUCAAGCCACGCUUGCUCAGGACUGCAGUUUACCAUGAGAUCUUAAUAGGAUACUUGGAGUAUGUUAAGAAACAGGGGUAUGUGAUGGGUCACAUCUGGGCCUGCCCUCCCAGUGAGGGAGACGACUACAUUUUCCACUGCCAUCCUGCGGACCAGAAAAUCCCCAAACCCAAGAGGCUCCAAGAGUGGUACAAAAAGAUGCUGGAAAAGGCUUUUGCUGAGAGAAUCCUACACGACUUCAAGGACAUUUUCAAGCAAGCAACAGAAGACAGGUUGACCAGUGCGAACGAGUUGCCGUACUUUGAAGGGGACUUUUGGCCUAAUGUGCUGGAGGAGAGCAUCAAAGAGCUGGAGCAGGAAGAGGAGGAGAGGAAGAAGGAGGAGAACACGGCCUCCUGUGAGACGCCAGAGGGAGCCCAAGCUGACAGCAAGAAUGCCAAAAAGAAGAAUAACAAGAAGACCAACAAGAAUAAGAGCAGCGUCAGCCGUGCCAACAAGAAAAAACCCGGGAUGCCCAAUGUGGCCAAUGACCUGUCCCAAAAGCUCUACGCCACCAUGGAAAAGCAUAAGGAGGUCUUUUUUGUCAUCCACUUUUAUUCUGGGCCAGUCAUUAACACCCUGCCACCCAUCAUGGACCCUGACCCUUUGUUGUCUUGUGACCUGAUGGAUGGCCGUGACGCCUUCCUGACUCUGGCCAGAGAUAAGCACUGGGAGUUCAGCUCGUUAAGACGAUGCAAGUGGAGCACCAUGUGCAUGCUGGUGGAGCUGCACAACCAGGGCCAGGAUCGCUUUGUUUACACCUGCAACGAGUGCAAGCACCAUGUGGAGACACGCUGGCACUGCACUGUUUGUGAGGACUAUGACCUAUGCAUCAACUGCUAUAAUGCGAAGGGCCAUGAACACAAGAUGGUGAAAUGGGGCUUAGGUUUAGAUGAUGACAGCAACGGCCAGAAUGCAGAGGCCUCAAAGAGCCCCCAGGAAAGCCGACGUCUCAGCAUCCAACGCUGCAUUCAGUCCCUCGUCCACGCCUGCCAGUGCCGCAAUGCCAACUGCUCCCUCCCGUCAUGUCAGAAGAUGAAAAGGGUGGUUCAACACACCAAGGGCUGCAAGCGCAAAACUAAUGGUGGCUGCCCUGUGUGCAAGCAGCUUAUCGCUUUGUGUUGUUACCACGCCAAGCACUGUCAAGAGAACAAGUGUCCUGUUCCCUUCUGUCUCAACAUCAAGCACAAACUCCGUCAGCAGCAACUACAGCAUCGGCUCCAGCAGGCUCAAUUGAUGCGACGCAGAAUGGCCAGUAUGGCUGGAAGGGGUAUGCCCAUGCCAUCUCCACCUAUGUCAUCUGCCCCAGACACUCCAAACUCUGUGCAGCAACCGAACACGCCGCAGACCCCACAACCCAUGCCUAUUCAGCCCCAACAACAGCAACAGCCACCGCCGCCCAACCAUGCCAAUGUUGUCCAAGUCUUCCCCAACAAUGGUCGCAUCAGCCAGCCCCCAACACCGAUUCCACAGGGCAAACCAGGGCCGCAGUCGUCACCGCUUCAUCAGCAACAGUCUCCAUUGCCCAGCUUACCACAUCAACAGCAUCCUCUGCCUCAGAUGGUACAGCAGCAGCAGCCGCAGCAUCAGCAACAGCAGCCCCUGCUGGCAGCGCUGAAAGUGGCCAAACAGAUUGAGAAGGUAGCUAAGGCAAAGCAGCAGCAGCAGCAGCAGCAGCAACAACAGCAACAACAAAAUUACCCCAUGAAUGGGAUGCCUAUGAACCACCCGCGCAUGAUGGGAUCCAUGCAAAGUCAGAUGCAGAUGAUGCAAGGGCCGCGGGGGCCUCAGGUGAUGCAGGCCAUGCAGCAAGGCCAGUGGGGUCCUGGAAUGCAGGGUGCAAUGCAGAAACCCCAGGGCCAUCCCCAGCAGGUCCCUCCACAACAAGGGGUCAUGGCCGCUCAGCAGGCCCAGGGAGGUCCCAUGCCUCAGCAAAGUCAGCUCAUGCAGAGGCCCAUGUUGCCCCAGCAACAGGGACUCCAGAUGCCUGGAGUCAUGCCUCCCCAGGGGCCCUCGCAGCAGGGCAUGACACCACAGCAGCAGAACAUGCCCCGGGGUAUGCCUGCCAACAUCGCGCCCAACGCUUUGCAGGAGUUACGGCGCACCCUCAGAUCUCCCAGCUCUCCCCAGCAGCAGCAGCAGGUCCUGAACAUCCUCAAGUCAAACCCCCAGCUCAUGGCUGCUUUCAUUAAACAGAGGACAGCGAAAUAUCAGGCUAACCAGCCGCAGCAGCAGCCAUCGCAGCAGCAAAACCAUCAAGCCAUGCAGGGAUCUACGGCAGGAAUGCAAGCUAUGAUGCAGGUGCAGAGAGCUGGCAUUCCCCCCCAACAACAACCUCCACAGCAGGUGGGUCUGCAGGGCAUGGCCCCCAUGGGACCCCAAGGCCAAAUGAUGAAUGUGGCUCAAAACGGGAAUCCUCAGCUAUACCGCAGACAGCAGCUGCUCAGGAUGCAGCAACAGGCGCAGCAGCAGCAGCAGCAGCAGCAACAGGCAGGCAUGUCUCAGCAGCAUGGUUCGUUCUCCCAGCAGCAGCCAGGACCAGCGAGCUACUCCCAGCUCCGCAUGCAGCAGCAGAUGGCUAUGCAAAGUGUGUCUAUGGGCCAGCUUCCUCCCUCUUCCCAAAUGGGCCAAGGUGGCAUGGGCAUGGACGCGACCCAGAACCUCCUGCAACAGCGGAUGCUACAGCAACAGCAGAUGUUAAAACAGCAGAUGGCGUCUCCAAUGCAAGCGAAUUCCAUGAGCCCUCAGCCACACAUGCUGCCUGGCCAAGCACAGGGCAGUGCUCACUUACCUGGCCAACCGAUGGGAAACUCCUUGAGCAACCAACGUUCGCCAGUCCCGGUCCAGUCGCCUCGGCCGCCUUCGCAGCAGCAGCCGCCGCCGCAUUCCAGUCCAUCUCCACGGAUGCAGCCUCAGCCCUCACCCCAGCAUGGUGCCCUUCUCUCAAGCUCCCCUCAUCCCAGCCUGGGAGGACCUAUGUCAGGCCCAAUGGAGCAGGGACAUAUGGGAACACCAGAGCACAGCGCCAUGCUCCCACAGCUUAACACACCAAACCGAGGGGGGUUAAGUACUGACAUGGGCAUGGUGGGGGACCCUACGGGAGAUACGCUGGAGAAAUUUGUUGAAGGAUUGUAGCAGAAGAAAGGUCUUGGCAAAACAAUAGGGCCUACAAACUGUGAACCUUCUGCUAACCAAGGGACUGCUUUUUAUUCCAACACACAGUGAUUUACCAGUCACUGUUGCAAAGAAGACACAAAGGAUAUUUUUUUGGUUUGGACCAGCCAUGCAAAUUUUGCUGUGGUCUUUGUGUUGUUUAAACUUGAUUUGCAUUUGUUAUGCUCUGGUAUUGGUAUUUUUUAAACAAAAACUUCCCAAAACAAAAAAUAUCUUGUUUCCCUUUUUUUUGUCUUUUCUUAUUUUUUUUGUAUCUUUGCAAAUAAGUAUUUUAUUUGUGUUGACAGACUGUAAAGAUAAAACUGGGAUUAUGUUUUUCUUGCCAGGUUCACCUAUUGCUCAGUUGCUCUUGUUCCAGGCUAAUUUAUUCUAAUAUGCCAUUUUUCAAAAGGACUGCCUGCCUUUGGGAAAGCCUUAAUUUUCCUUCCUGCUUGCAGAAUCUAUGGAAGAUUAAAGUAUUUGUUUAGCUCUAGGAACUAUUGCACACAUACAAACACAACACGCAGGCGUUAAAAGAAACCUGCAUUGAAGCUUGUCGAGUUUUCCCCCAUGCCAGUAUGUUCUUUUUGUACUGGCCUAGGCUCGGUAUUUGUCUUGCAUAUGUACAAAUAAUCACUUUUGUCUCUCUUUCAGUCCGGAUACAUUCUCUCCAAGUCCUGUUCUCCUUUUGCCUGUGGUGAGAAAUGAACUUGUUCAACUGCUGAUUUGUGUUAUAAGUUCUGCGCAUCAUUUUCUAUCUUACAUUAAACUUGAAUUGAUGAGGAACUGUUCUGUCAUGCAGCUCAACGGCACUGUAAAUAUGCUGAAAAUAAGAAAGAAAUCACUGUACAAACUGGUUCAAAAUGGCUCAUUUCGUACUUAUAUACCAUAUUGUUUAAUAAACCUGUGUGCCACAGAA